UCGACGUGUUACGGAUAUGGCGGCUCCUUCCAGCACCCAAAAGCCGACGCUGGCUGAUGAUGUAGGCGCCGGAUCAGGGACAAAAGGAGAGAAACAGCCGUCUGGCUCCGGGAAAGGCGCAGGUGAUGGUGGAUCAGAGGAGCCACCGCAUGUCCUGGACGUGGCACGCUUCCAACGACUGAACUCGCUCAUCCACCGUGAGAACGUGGACGUGAACGAACUCCUGCGUCUAGUGGAGCAGAAUAACCACGUGAACCUCAUGAACGACCCGCUGCUCAGCGUCGUCAUCGCCUGCAAGAAGUCCAAGCUCGCCGUCCUCCUCAUCGCCAAAAUAUCAUCAAAUGACAUUCUCGAGGCCUACAACUACAACGGCGACACGGCGCUUCACGUGGCUGCAGCCAUGGACGACAAAGAAGUGGCCUCGGAGCUGAUCCGCAGGGUGCCAGUUCUCGUUCAUGUGCGGAACGGGAAGCAGGAGAUACCGCUACAUAAGGCGGCCCUAUACGGGCAGAGGGACAUGUUCUGGCUGCUGGUGGAAAAGAACAGCUCAGCGGAAGCCCGGAGGGAGGACGGCGCCACCAUGCUGCACUGUGCCAUCAUGGGCAAUGCGCCGGUACUCGCCUUGGAGAUUGCAAAGGAAUAUCCAUCUCAGAUCGAAUCCCGGAAUGAGCGCGCCCUGACUCCGCUGCAGCUGUUGGUGACUAUUCCAGAGGCAUUCCGAAGCCAAGUAGUUCUUGGGGCCCUCGACUCCUUCAUCUACGAAUGGAUUCCUUUGGAAGAGGACUCGAGUAAAAUGAACAAAAGGGAUGAAGAGGUGGCACUCAAUAGAUCUAGCAUUGGAGUAGCACAAGACGAUAACUCACCGAGGGCUUUUCGCUCAAAAUUCCCAUCAAACUACAGCACUCUCUUUGACCUGUUGGAGUUGACCAACAUCCCAGCUGGCUGGAUUCAGCGAUUUGUUUAUAACAUUAUAAGGCAAUUGUCGCCGAGAGUCCAACGUCUGGAGUGGAAGAAGAAGAACCAUACAGAAACUAUGCACCUUAUCGAAUACUUAGCCAAAGAAGGAUUCUUCGUGUUCUUUGUGCGUGGAAAAGUUCCCCCCAAAGUUGCAACAAGUACUUCAGAAGCGCUUGACGACCAAUUUGGUAAGCUUGGUCCACCGGAGUCUGUACACGAAGGUGAUGCCCAAAAAAAGGAUACGGAAGCCCCAGCUGUAGUGAAAGAGCUCAUUGACGGGAUGACCGAUAAGCUCUACAAAUUAUUGUCGAAGGAAUCGGAAACACCGGUCUCAAUUGCAAUCAAAGAGGCGGCUCAGAGUGUGGAGAAAGUGUUCAAGGCACUGUCACCUAGCUCGGAAGAGAGAUGGAACGAACCACCCUUGAUCUUAGGUGCACAAAUGGGCCUUCAUGAUUUCGUCCGCAAGAUCCUGGAAGUGUGCCCACAGUCAGCAACCUACCUGGACACGAAGGGCAGAAAUGUUCUCCAAGUGGCGAUAGAAUCUGGGAACCGAGAGAAUGUAGAAACUAUCGGUAGGAUGACCCAGGGAGACAACCCCAUUUUACCAUCCUGGUUGUUGUCCAACAUCGACUCUAAAACCAGAAACACCAUCCUGCAUUUUGCUUCUGAGACGGUCGGUGAUACCGGAGACGAUGCAGUCCAAAUGCAAGAUGAGAUACGAUGGUUUGAGAUGGUGAAAGAGAUGGUGCCUAGGGAGCUCGUGUACAGUCGAAACGCGGCCGAGAAGACAGCGCGGGAGAUCUUUACCGAGAGUCACAAAGAGAUGUUUAAGGACUGCAAGAAUCGGCUAAUGGAGAUGGGCAAGACAUGUUCAGGCCUCGUAGCGGCGGUGGUCUUCGCGUCCAGCUUCUCCAUCCCGGGCGAGAAGAAUUCCAAAACCGGCAACCCUGAGUACUUCAACAGGCUACCCUUUAAGGUGUUCACGCAUGCGUACGUGAUCGGGUUGUCGUGCGCCGCCACGUCUCUGGUGUUGUUCUUGUCCCUCGUCAUCUCGCCUUACAAGGAGCAGCAGUUCCGCCGUGCCAUCCCCACCAAGUACUUCUUCGCUUGCUUCUCGUUUGGGUUGGCGCUGACGGCUUUGCUGCUGGCCUUCACAUGCAACAUCUUCCUACAGAUAUAUGGCGGGCAGAAAACACUUACGAGGGACAUCCUUCAACUGGUACUGGAGCUUACCGUCUUCCCCACUGUCUGCUUGGUUGUGCUCCUCUACCGUGGUGCCAAUUUUGGUCCGUCUUUUUUCCGUCGUAUUUGGUGUUGAGUCAAUAAGCGUUAAUGUCAGGCAUACUUCCUCGGCUUCGUGGUCUGUGCCAGUAGAACUCUUGCGUGUGUUUGUGUGUGGUAUUAAAUUCUGAUAAUUCCUGAAUUGUACUCGCAUUUAUUUCGAGACUACUAUGAAUUGGACGUAUUUUGACUUUUUUGAUUUGAAA